AUGAGGGCCACCACUCGCUGCUCCCACGCUUUCAUCACCUCACAACUCCCUCGCCAAUCGAUUCCUCCACAUCUUCGAACUUCUCUCCAUCUUCACUCCAACUCUCCGCGACUCCGCUACUUCACCACAACUCCGACACUCACUCCAACUUCUUCCACUUCCGAUCCGGUAUCGCUCACACGACCAUUCGCCUCGACCUCCAAAUCCGCCGCGACCAUGACCAAUAUCGUGCAGAACCUCAAGGGAGCUGCGACAUCACAUCCUACCUCAAGACAAUCACAAAAUCAAGACCUACCAGCUCCUUCACUUCCCAGCUCCGACUAUGACACCUCAAAUUCGAUCGAAGUUCGCAAACGAAAUCAUACCUACGGUCUUACUCCUCCCGCUGUUGAGUCGUUCGAGAAUCAGACAAAGAGAUGCAUGGCCAUCUUGAACUCUCGCAAGACUCCCAUUGAGCAAUACCAAUAUCUGUCCGUGCUACGGAAUUCGAACGUUCACCUCUUCUACCGCUUGCUGUCGGAGAACAUCAAGGAGAUCACUCCUCUCAUCUACACACCUACCGUUGGAGAAGCAUGUCAAAGAUGGUCGGAACUUUACACACAACCCGAAGGCAUGUACCUUUCAUUCGAGGACCGAGGCAACCUCCACUCCGUCAUUAAAAACUGGCCACAUGAGGUCGACAUAACCGUGGUCACCGAUGGCUCCCGCAUUCUCGGUCUGGGCGACUUGGGCGUCAACGGUAUGGGAAUCCCAGUAGGCAAGCUGUCUUUGUACACUGCCUGCGCUGGUAUCCAUCCUCAGAAGACCCUCCCACUUUGCCUCGAUCUUGGAACCAGCAAUGAGACGCUUCGAAACGAUCCUCUCUACUUGGGCAGCCGGAGAGACAAGGUCACGCCAGAAGAGGAGAAGGAAUUCCUAGACGAGAUGAUGGCUGCUCUCACUGACAGGUGGCCGAGCAUUGUCAUUCAGUUCGAAGACUUCAAGAACCCAUUUCCUUCUCUCGAGCGGUAUCAAGACACCUACACCAUGUUCAACGACGAUAUCCAAGGGACUGGCGCCGUCAUCACAGGAGGCUUCAUCAACGCUGUGAAGCAAUCCGGCGUCGCGCCUGCCGAUCAGAGAGCCGUAUUCCUCGGCGCCGGUAGUGCAGGCGUAGGCGUCGCGAAGCAGCUAACCGAAUUCUUCAUCAAAGAAGGUCUCACCGAAGAGCAAGCCCGCAAACGCUUCACCCUCGUCGAUUCCGAAGGCAUGGUGACCCUCGACCGCCCCGGCCGCCCCCUCGCCGAGCACAAGCUCUACUUCGCCCGCGACGACAACCACGGAAAGCAAUUCAAGACCCUUUCCGAAGUCGUCGAGUACGUCAAACCCACCAUCCUCAUGGGCCUCUCCACCAUCGGCGGAGCCUUCACGCCCGCCAUCCUCAGCCGCAUGGCAGAACUCAACGACCGACCCGUCAUCUUCCCCCUCUCCAAUCCCUCUUCCAAAUCCGAGUGCACUUUUGAAGACGCUAUCAAAUACACCCACGGCAAAUGCCUCUUCGCUUCCGGCUCGCCGUUCCCCACUCUCAAUUACAAGGGUGAAGAACUCGUUCCCGGCCAGGGAAAUAACAUGUACGUCUUCCCUGGAAUCGGACUUGCGGCGAUCUUAUCCAAGUCCUUGACCAUCACUCAAAAUAUGAUCUACGCUUCCGCGGAGAGCUUGUCGACGAGUUUGCUUCCCGAGGAGGUGGAGAAGAAUUGGCUGUACCCGGAUAUUGCGAGGAUUCGUGAGGUGAGCGUGGUAGUAACACGAGGUGUUAUCCGCGCGGCGCAGAGGGAUGGGGUGGAUCGGGAAGUGGGACUGAGAGGGUUGGGAGAUGAGGAGUUGGAGAGCUGGAUUAGGAGUAAGAUGUAUGAUCCUGAGGGUGUGUAUAAGAAUGAAGUGGUGGGAGGUGUGCAGGCGAGGGAGGGUGCGGUGAGGGCGGAGGGGGAGAAGAGGUUAAGUGCUAUGCUUUGA